GAAACACAAAAACAUGUAGUGUACAUUCGCAGAUCCAAACGACGCCCCAAACUCAAAACUCAAACUCAAAACAAGGCGUUUGGCUUUCUUUAUCGGAUCGGUUUAAAAAAGGUCACCGGAUCCGUACUCACCCGCUCACGCUCCGAUUAGGGCUUCACUUUCUCUCUUCAAUCGCAUCCAAUUAGGGUUUCUUCCUCUUCACCAACAACAAGGUUAAUCUCUGAAACAUGAAAGAACAUGAGGAUAGUGUUGAUAAAUCUACUGUUGAUUCUACUGGUGUAGAUAAAACUGUAACUGAGAAAGAUGAAGGGGAGGAUAUGAUGGUGGAUGUUGUGGGUUCUGGUGCUGUUGAAGAAGAUGAUGGUGGGGGUACAGGUGUUAGUUUGGAUAGCAACUCGGGGUCCGAGAAAGUGGAGUGUGUGCGAAAAGAGCCAGAGAGUCGAGAUCAGGUUAUGGAGGAUGUUAAAGGUUCGGGUGAGGAUUGUGAUGUUUCGCAUGGAAUUAGGGUUUUAGCGUCGGAGAAAGAUGAAGUUGUGGUGAAAGAGGGAGAAGUUACUGGUUCGGUUGAAACUAAGGUUUUGAUCGAUGUGGAAUCUGUUGAAGAGGUAGCUGACCGAAAAAUUGCUGAUUCAUCGGUUUUAACAACUAAUCUUGGUUCAGAGGAAGUUGACAUGGUAGUAGAGGAGGGUUCUGUUGAUACAAGUUUAGUUUGUGGUGAUAAUCAAAGUUCUGCAGUUAAGGUGGCCGGUUCAAGAACCGAUGAAAUUGACGAAAGGGUUAAAGAAGAUAGUUUGCAUCCAUCAACUGAAGUUAAACCAGAUGAUGCUCAAAAAACUACUGUUGGAGAUUGUGUGGUAAAUGAGAAACUUGAAAAAGAAAAUGAAGUGUUAGAUUCAACAAAGAUUUCAGAGCCGUUGGUGACAGUGAACCCUGGUUCUGAGGAUAUUGAUGUGGUGGUUGUAACUGAAACUGCUGUAAUAGUCGAAAAGGUAAAAGAAGCGGGUGAAGGUGAAAUUAACGUGCAUGCUGAAAAUCUUGACCAAGAAGCCAAAGUUGACAAUUUGAGGGAAAAAGAGGGUUUCAAUCCAACAAGUGAAACUAUAACUAAAACUGCUGUAAGAGUUGAACAGGAAAAUGAAGCGGGUUUGAACAAAAAUGAGGAGGUCAUGGAACAGCCUACGGAACCUGUUCAAGAUGUGGCUUACGGAAACGGUGUUAUGGAUGAUAAAACAGAAAAAGGCAAUGAGGUUGUAGAUUCUGAUAAGAUUCCAGAAUCGUUGACCACAGUCAACCUCAGUCUGGAUGGAGUCAACAGUGUACCACCUAAUGCAGAUACAGUCGAACAUCCGAUAGUUUCACGUGAAGAUGCUGACGUGGACAGAGGAGAUGCAGCAGGGAUGGAUAUCGAUGAAGUACUGGGUUGGAAAGAUGAAGUCUCAGGGAUUGAUGUUACCGCAAACUCUGAAGCUAAUGUGGAACAGAAGCUUCUGGGAUCUUCUAACGAACCAGUUUUAAUCCAACAUCGAGAGGAACAUGUUAAGUCUCGAGAACCGAUCGUGUACGGGCGCCGUGCGCAUGUUGAGGUUCCGCUCUACGAGUCACGGGAUGUAGAACAGAAGCUUCCGGAAUCAUCUUCCCCUGUAUCAGAAGAUGAAAAUUUAAAGAUCGAAACAGAUUCAGAAGAGGAUGACGAUGAUGAUGAUGGAUCCGGGCAAGAAGAUGAGCAAAAAGCAGACAGAGAGAAACCGGAGCUUCACGGAAACAGAAAUAUGCUUUCACUGCAUCAAUCGUCGUAUUUCAAGCCACCAGAAAACGAAGGUGAGUUCUCUGUUUCGGAUUUAGUUUGGGGUAAAGUAAGAAGCCAUCCGUGGUGGCCCGGACAGAUAAUCGAUCCUUCUAACGCAUCAAAGAAGGCCAUGAAAUAUUACAAAAAAGAUAGCUUUUUAGUAGCAUAUUUCGGAGACCAUUCGUUCGCGUGGAACAGUUCGUCCGUUUUAAAGCCGUUUCAUGCUAACUUCUCUCAACUUGAGAAGCAAACCGAUACCGAAAUCUUUAAAAUCGCAGCCAAUUGUGCGUUGGAAGAAGUGAGUAGACGUGUCGAGUUAGGGCUUGCAUGCUCUUGUGUUCCGAAAGAAAUCUAUAAAACGAUUGAAUAUCAGGUUAUAGAAAAUGCUGGAGUUAAAAAACAAUCGGAAAAAAGACGCGGAAAAGAUGAAUCCGCCAGCGUGAGUUCUUUCGAGCCCGAUAAACUUGUGGAUUACGUGAGAUUACUGGCCCAGGGCCCGGCGCAAGGUGGUAAACUGGAUCUUGCAAUAACUAAGGCUCAGUUAUCGUCGUACAGUCAUUACAAAGGGCAUCGAGAGCUUCCGGAGUUUUUGGAUUGUGGAGAUAUGUUGGAAGAUGUUUCUAUGCAAGAAACGGUUAAAAAGGUUGAAAAAGUUCGUAAAAAGGGUGGGAAAUCCGAGAAUGAUUUGACCGAAAGUGUAAACCUUAAUAAGGAGAUAAUUUUAUCUGAUAUAACCGAUGAUGCACCCGCACCUGCAUCUGUAGGUAGGACCAGCAAGCUGGUUUCUUCAUCUGGUUCGAAAAAACGAAAGGCACGCGUUUCCAUUUCUAACGGUUCGGUAAAAAAACCAAACCGUCCUGCCAAGAAAGUGUCUCCUGCUCCAGUUUCAACUCCAAAGCCGUCUUUCAAAAUCGGUGAAAUGAUUCAAAGAGUUGCAAGCCAACUGACCGGGCCGGUUGUCAAGUCUGGUAGUGACGCGAAGGUUGACCUUGGUCAACAUGUUGACCAAAUCGUGCAGACGCCUGAAAACAGUCAAACGGGAGCAUCAGCAUCUGCAGCUGAUAUGCUGUCACAACUGCAUUUAACUGCUCAAGAUCCCAUGAAAGAUCAUAGUUUUUUUCAGACGAUCAUCCCCUUCUUUUACGAACGAAGAGCAGCGGUUUUUACUAAAUCUUUAAAGAAACCUUCGACUGUCGAACAGCCCGACAAUGAUACGAAGCCAAAACCGUCAAAUGAAAACGAUCCUGAAGAGUUUGACUUCGACUUUGACUUUGAUGAUGUUAAUGAUUCGUAUUGGACGGAUAGGAUUAUUCAAAACCAUACUGAAGACCAACCGGUGCAAGUUGAUGAUCAAAACGGUGCAGUGGAAGAACAACAACCGAUAGUGGAAUACGAACCGGAGAAACCCGCAAAACGAAAACGCCGAUCAAGUAAAAAACAAAAACGGGUUGAACCUGAACCGGAACCGGAAGUUGAGGAAGAAUCAGAGAUCGAUAGGAAAAGGCGGGAAAAUCUGGCUACAGAGAUUGUAUUGAAGUUUGAAGAGGGUAUCAACUUUCGAUCAGAGGUUCAGUUGAAUAAAAUGUUUAGACGAUUUGGGCCGUUGAUGGAAUCAGAAACUGAAGUUGAUCGCGCAGGCGGACGGGCCCGGGUGGUGUUCAAGAGAUGUUUUGAUGCAGAAGUGGCUCAUAAUAGUGCUGGAAGGUUCAACAUUUUCGGGUCUGUUAAUGUAAGUUACGAGCUCAACUAUAGCCCGUUAGUAUCGUAUAAACCGUUGCCGCUACCGGUAUUAGAACAAGAGGCACCGCCGGUAUUAGAACAAGAGCCACCGCCGGUAUUAGAACAAGAGGUACCGCGGGUAUUAGAACAAGAGGUACCGGUAUUACAAGAAGACCCAAUGGAUGCAAGCUAACUGUCAUUGGUUUGUUAUUAGGCAUCUGCUAAAUUAUUCUCUUUCGCUAGAUAUUUAACUAUUGUUGUGAGUUUACUUCUUAAUGUUCAAAUUUGCUUGAUUUUAGCUUUCUUCCUUUUUUUUUUGUCC